AUGAAAUACUUUAUAUUAUUUAAUGUUUUCCUUUACUUUUAUAAAAUAAACAAGUAUUAUAUUGAAGAUCAUAAUUUUUAUAAUGUGUCCUACAAAAAAGGAGAUGAUCUUUUCAAAUUAAAUUUAAAAGAUUUACCAUGUAGUAUAGAAAUAAAAAAUAGAAAACAAAGAAUAUUAUAUGAUCUGUCAAGGAAAAGACGAAGGAAUCGAAAAAGAAGAGGAAAACGUAAGGGAUUUGGAAGAUUAUGGAGACGUAAAAAUAAAAAAAAAAAUAAAAAAAAAAAUAAAAGAGAAGCACGUAGGAGAAAAAGACAACGUAAACGAGCUGAACGAAAAAGAAAAAAAAAACAAAAGAAACAAUUGAAAAAAGAAAAAAAAAGAAAACAAAAACAAGAAAGGGAAAAAAAACACCUUGAAGGACAAUCUAAUGAGCUAAUUAAACAAGACGAUGAAAUAAAAAAAACGGAACCAAUAGUAACUAACCAAAAUGGAAAUCAAACUUUAAAUAAUAAUUCUCUUAAUUCAAACUUAGCAAAUAAUCAAGGAAUAGAAAAUGAAGACGAAGAAGAAGAUCAUGUAAAUAAAUAUAACGACAACCUUAAUCGCCAUGGAGAAAAUCAAAAAUAUAAUUAUCCUACUCAAAGUAACGAGCAAACAAAUGCUCCUAAAUCGAUAAAUAGUCCAUACUAUAAAGAAAUUGAUAGUAACAUUAAGAUAGUAAAUGUUGCAAAGUUAGAGCAUGAACCGAAGCGUGAAAUUAUUGACAAAAUUAAAAAGGCCCUGGAAGUGCUUCAGUAA